AAUUUUGCAAUCUUGAUGAAAUAUAUGUAUUAGUACUUAAUAGGUGUCAUUUAAAUAUAUUUGCAGGGUAUUUAAUCCCAAAGGUUGGAGAAUUUACGUCUACACAAGAGAGAUUAAUUAUGAUACAUCUCUGUAUGAAGAUCCAAUGAUCUUUAACCCAUGGAGAUGGAUGGAAAAAAAAAUGGAAUCAAUGAGCUAUUUCUUACUCUUUGGAGGUGGAGCAAGACAUUGCCCUGGAAAGGAACUAGGAAUUUCUGAAGUCUCGAGCUUCAUUCACUACUUUGUUACGAGAUACAAAUGGGAGGAGAAAGGAGGAGAGAAACUAGUGGUAUUUCCCAGAGUUUCUGCACCAAAAGGAUACCAUCUUAGGGUUUCACCUUACUGACUUUUGUUUGACCUAAUAUUCAAGUUAUGUAUAUAUAAUCAGUUAAGUCUUUUUGUUAGGGUUAAUUAGCCUAUUUUUACCUCUCAAGAGAUGGACUGUGUACAGAGAGAGAGAAAGGGAGAAAAAUGGAAUAUAUAGAAAAUAAUACUCUCUCUGUUUUUUAAUAUAAGUCGUUUAGAGAGAUUUUUUUGUUCUAAAUUAUAUGACAUUUUUAGUUUUCUAUGUAAAAUUUAUUAACGCUUAAUGUCAUACGACCAAUGAUAAUAUACUUUAUAUUUUAUUA